AUGCCUUACCAGCCUUCCAUCGGAUCGGACCUAACAAGGAGGAGGGUUUCCAACGCGCAUGUCAACACUAGCCUCCGCCGCGGCGCGAUUCACGUCAAUUCCGCUGACCAUUUUCAAGUUGCCGAGCCUGCAGACAGCGGAAACCCCUGCCUGAAUUGUGUCAAUAGGCGCCAAACCUGUGUAUUCGAUCAAACGGAAAGGAGAGUUGUGAUUCUUGAGAGGUGGGGUUUCACAGCAAAACAUUUGCGGGCACUUGAACGCCGUGCGGUGACGACGGAGAACCUUACCGUCGGCGUAAUUACACGAGGAUCUCCUGUAGUCCAGUCCACGGAUUUCGGAGAACAGAAUACGGAAACGACAGCCCAAACCAACUACGGCACAUCUAGCGCUGGCGCCGGAGCUAAUGUCCCCAAUCCAAGUAAGGAGCCGGAAGGGCCAACAGGUAGACGAAAGCUCGACUUAUCAGGUACUUGGGACUUCAGCCAUGAAGCGCUCUGUUGUCUGAAAUCUGAGCCCGAUCAGGCGAGCAGUUGUUCAAUAGUUGGCGAAAAGUUGUCUUAUGACAUCUCAUUCCGUGAUGUCCCAGAAUUCGACCAUUCGACCAUUCAAUUGCAUUCAAAGGACUACAUUGCACACCUUGCCGAUGUUUCUAGUUUCCAUCUCAACUCAACUCACUAUUUCUUCGACUGUUCUGGUUUCAAAGAAGAAUUAGAGAAAACUUUUCAUACCUCAUCACAAACGACGAGACUCUGGCAGGUGAAAUUGUUGCUUAUAGUUGCACUGGGAAAAUUGUUCUUGGAGAAGGGAGCGAGUAAAUCAGGACCACCAGGUGUGACUGAGUUUCGCCAAGGUGUCAACGCCCUACCAUCAACCAUUCUGUUGAGUCAGGAUCCAAUAACGGCCACCGAAGUGCUCUGUCUAUUGUCAUUCUAUGCACAGGCAGCUGAUCUGCAUGAAACAUCAUAUCUAUAUAUAGGGCAAGCAGCCCGGCUGACCCGCCUUGCUUCAUUUAAAAGGGCAUGCCGAAAUAGUGAAAGCUCUGACAGUCAAAGAAGGUGUGCACUCAGCUUGCUAUACACCGUUUAUGUGCUCGACCGAAGACAUUCGGCUGUCAUUUUCGAGACAAUUGGCGAUUUGAAUGAAAAAGUCGAUAUUGCAGACCAAUGCGAAAUCACUUCUGAAGAUGACCUCGACUCUAGGGUGCAGAUCAGCAUGUCCAUCGCUAAUAUCUUAACAAGGGUCACAAAAGGUAACUGA